CAUUUCCCUUUCCCUUUCGUUUUCAGGAAGCAAGCUAUUACUAGUCACUAGUGGUUUGGUGAAUCAUCAUUAAAAUAUUAUUUACAAAACUUUUAAGUAAAGAUUUACUAGUAAAGAAACAAACCAGCUUUAAAAGGUAAAAUAAUUCGAGCUUAACUGUUAAGGCUUAAAAAUGUGAAGCCCUAAGGCUAAGCCGCCUAGCCUAAUUACAUUUUUUUUCCUUCUAUUUAUAAAUUUAAAAAUUUAAGAAAUAAAUAAGACAAAAAGAUUAAUAUAAUUAUAAGUUAAUAAAUUAUAAUAAAUAUAAUGUGUAGUAAGUGUAGUGUUAGCCUAGGUAGACCAGGACCUACUAAUUUUACUAUUAUAUUACUACUUAUACUUCUACUACUAGACUAGGACAAGUCUAUUUAUAAUUUAUUAUUUAUUAAAUUAGUAACUAUAUAUAAAUUAAAUAUAUGCAUUAUCAUUAUAUGAUAUGUAUGAUCUGAUAACCCAUAUCUAUGCCUUGCCGGCCUAUGGCUAUAUUAUAUCUAUUAAUUACUAUACUUAUACUGCCUAUAAUUAGCAAUCUGAUAAUCUCAUAAUUUAAAUUGUAGUUUAGUAUAAAUUCAUGAUAUCAUCAUACUCAUAGACUCUUAUUAAAACGAAAAAAGGUUGUAUUUGAAAACUUUCCGUCUAGUCUUUCAUACAUUCAUAGAUUCUUAACUAAGUUUUUUCAAAUUUCGAUUUUAUUUCCUUUUGUUUUUAUUAUUGUGUUUGUCGAUGAAGGCAUUCAGCCAAAGCGUAAGUUGAAUUUUCCUCAAGUUGUGUCGCAAUUCGGGCUUUCACUUUUGCAUACCAUGUCCUUGAUUAUGUUAUUUAAUCUUACUAUAUUAUCCUUGAGCUGUUACUAAGAAGUACUAAGUUUUUAAAAAAUGAAAUAUUAUAUACUUUUUUGUUGUUCAAAGGAAAUAAUUAAAUAGUUGAGUUUUGAAAGCUUAAUUUUUAUUUCUUUUCAUAAUUUAAGGUUAAAGAAUUUUUAAAAUUUAGUUUUGAUUUAUUUAAACGAUGAAUUUUGAUAUUUUCUUUAUAAUAAAAAAUUUUUAAAACUCUAACCUAAGACAUAUUAAAGUAAAGUAAUUACUAUUUUAUUUUCAUGAGUGUAAGUAAGUAAAUGCAAUUAAAUAUUUUUUUAAUCCAACACAAAUUUUAGUGAGUAAUUAUCAAGAUUAAUAACAUAUAUUGGUCUCAAUUUUAACUUUAAACUGAAUGUUUGCUCAAACAAAUGGCUGGGUUUAAUUUGCUGAUUAAAACACUGGGGAAAUGAGAAACACUGGGGGGAAGAAAAACCUGAUGGAAGAAAAAACAAUAGAACAUGUUGGCAAAAGCCCUUUAUAACACACAAUACCAAUCAAAUCAAAAUAAUUAACAUUUAUCUUAUGCCCCGAAGUACUGAAAGCUGUUAGGCACGACAUUUAUUUCAUUUACAACUUGUAAUAUGAAUCCAUGUGAAGCCUGUUCCUCAAAGUUAGACGAUUGCUCAUUUGUUCUUCUUUCAAUUGUGCUAUGAGUCAGUGGCCAUGUUGGUUUUUUCCUUUUCAAAUAACAAAUGUUCAAACAGACUUAAUAAGUCUAGGCCUUAAUGUCCUAUAAUUAAUGCAAUUGGAUGACUCUGUUAACAUCAGAACCUUUUCAAUAUGCACUCAUGAUUUUGUUCACUUCUUAAUUCCCAAGAUUCCAUGUUUGGUAAUAAAAUAAAUACUGACAUCCAUCAAACUAUUAAAACACAAAAUGUAUAACUCUUUAAAUCUAAAGUUGAUUUUCCAUGACCUUUGACAUCCUGGAAUUUUAAAGAUUUUUAACUCUGUAAGAAAAUCUUCUAGUUUUCAAAACAUCAAAAGUAUUUUGUUGAGAAUGAUUUCACAAAUUUAUCCAUGAUUUCUGAAUUUAACUUGUACCUGUCACAUCUAGAUGAGCACAGACGUUCGGUUUGAGGAUGAAUCUGCUUUCAGUGCAGCAAUUUCAGAUGUCAGGAAUGACAACAGUGAAGUGAAUUAUGUCAUUUGUGGACAUGUUGAUGGGAAGCCCAAUGUAAUUGGAGUUCUCUACACGGGCCUUGACCCAUCUGAAAUAGGCUCCAAGAUGGACCCGUCUGAGUCAUUGUAUGCCCUGGCUCGAUAUGAGACAAAGUUUGACUUGUCCACUACUGUCAAGUUCGUUUACAUCCAUUGGUAAGAUUAGUUUUUGGACAUCUUUGUCUCCCUUCAGCAUUUUUAAAUAACUACUUACCUGCAUAUAUAUUUUCAAACAAAUUUCUUACAUUGACCGUUAUUAUCCUUUACAUUGACAUCAAUAAUUCCUAUAAGAUUCUAUAAUUUCAACAAAUCAUAUUAUCCCUGGCCAGGAUUGGAGAGAGUUUACCAGUUGCAAAGAAGGGCAGGUAUGGAGUAGUCCAUGGAAGUAUCGAGGCGAGGUUUUCUCCUUAUCAUCUCCUUGUAGAGGCCAGUACACCAGAGGAUUUGUCCAGUGACAAGAUUUUACAAACAGUAAUUUUCUUUAAACUAACUUUACUUUGUGAAAGUAAAAGGUCAUUGGGGAAAAGGGGGGGGGGGGGGAUAUUUUGAAAAUGUUCUAUCAGAUAUGGUCUAGUGUAGGGGUGGGCAAACUUUUUGUGCGGUGGGCCACAUUGAAAAAUGUAAAGCUAUUGGGGGGGCCGCAUGUAUAUUAUGUCCAAUUUUUACAUGUUGAUAAAAAUUUCUCUAUAUUUGGUAAAUUUGUAUUUUAGCAUUACAUGAAAAAAGUCAAGGACUGUUUAAUAAAAUUGAAAAUUAGAAAGAAAGUUGAUCAAAAAUGUUAAAACAAUCACAAGGGUACAUGAAAUUCUGUAAAAUUAAACAAAAUAACUUUAAAACAAAGAAUUUUUAAAUUUCUUAAUGCCUUUGAGAGCUGCAUAAUAUCAGUUGCCGGGGUGCAUGCGGUCCAGGGCUGUACUUUGCAAACCCCUGGUCAAGUGGCAUCUUUAAACGCCACCAGGUCAUUGUUAUUUUUCUAGAUGAAUUGGUCAUAGACAUUUAAAAAAUGUGGCUUUAAAGUCCAUAAUUUGAAAAAUUUCAUAUAAAUAGAUCUGAAAGCUUGUCCACUUAAAGGGAAAUUAAGGAAAGUUCAUGAAAUGCUCAGUUAAAAUUUUUAUUUGUAUAAAUUUGGGAAUAAUCAUUUAAUUUCAAUCUCCCUCCCACCCUUCCCAUCUCAGCUGGCAUAACUACACUGAAAACUUUUAUUUGUCAUGUUUAUGUUUAUCAUUGUUGUUCUUGGAUUCCUCAUUUCUGAGUCUUAAUCUUUGAGCAUCUCAAUAACCCACAUGGUCACAGAUGAUCCAACCCAAUUAGACAAGCUGAACACUCUUAGCCUUUGUUUUUUUUUCAGUUGAUGGAAUCGGCAGGGACCAAGUCGAAAGUUUUAGACGAUGAUCAAAUUCCUCAACGACAGAUGAGGGGCUUCACCGCCACCCAGCUACCACAGCGGAACAAGAAAGCCAACUUCGGCGUCUCUGCCGUGUCUACUAAAGGGGCUGAGGUGGAAAUUUUACCAGAGGUCCAGGAAGCCGUAGCAAGAGUCAGAAGUGAUGGAGACCUGGCGACAUGGAUGGUGGCUGGAUACAAGGAUUCUAAUCCAAAGGGUAUUUAUUCAAAUGAAUGUGCUGAUGGUAUAUAUGAAUAUAGAUAGAUAGAGAUAAGAUUCUUUUAUUGAUCCAAACAAAUGAAAAUGCUUUUUGAUUGCAUUGUUCAUUUUCAGCAUCUACUUAUAAAAGAUAUAGGUUCCAAUAGUCAUAAAUAGGUGUAUAAAAUAUAUUGUAUUUAUGUAUGUAUGAAAGCUUUCCAGGCAAUGGCAGGCCAUCUGCGUUCUCCCAGUGGAAUAUAGCCUUGGCAAUCUUGGCAUGCAAUGCUAACAAUACUAUAUAUAUCUAUAUAAAGUAUAUUUGCUAAUGGCAUUAGUAUAAAAGUGACUUUCAUAAUAGACUAAAGUCACCUUUACAAUUUGAAGACUGAUUUACAAGAAAAAAUAUUUUCAAAAUGGUGGAAAUUAAUUGUGUAUGUUGCCAGAGAAUAGCAGACAUACGAGGUAAAAUGUUAAUUUUGACAAUAUCUCAGAUUGAGAGUACUGACAUGCUAACUGACAUGUAUGUUUUUUUUUUUAAAGUAUUGGGUAUAAGCUUUUUAUUUAGUUUGGAUCUAGUAAUAAGAAUGUUUAAACUGAUGAGCUGCACAAAGUAUUUCUUACUUUCUUACUCAUAUGUAUGGGGCAUAGGCUAUCAACAAGAAUUCUCCAUUCAUCUCGAUCCCUCCCUUUUCUUUCCAGUUGCUUCCAGGUGUUUCCCAUGCUUUGUGUGUCUGCCUUUAGCUCAUGUCUCCAGGUAUUUUUUGGCCUUUCCUCCUUUUUCACUCUGGGUUACAUGUUAUGGAUUGUGUGGUGAUGUGUUUUGGGGGUUUACGAAGAGUGUGCCCUAUCCACCUCCAUCAUUUCCUUACGAUCUCUUUAGCAAAAGGCUCUUGGUAUGUCCUCUCCAGUAAUGAUUUUGGCCAUUUUAUGUUUAGGGUCUUUCUAAGGCAAGUGUUUGUGAAGAUCUGCACUUUCUGCAUCAUGCUUGUUGUUGUUCUCCAAGUUUCAACUCCAUAUAGUAGGACUGAUGUUUUGUUGUGUAAUUGUGUUGAAAAACAUUAUGAGCUUUACAAUGUAUUUCUUUAAUUCUAUUUCUAAUCAAAAUCAGUAAUUAAAAUCAAUACUCUGCAUUUCUUCCAGGCCCCCUGGUGUGCAUGGGAUGUGGAGAAGGGGGUUUGGAUGAACUCAAGAGCAACCUGGAUGACUCUCUGCCCAUGUACGGCUUGUAUCGCAUCAGUCACACAGACGCUGAUGAGAUCACUACGGUCAAGUUUGUUUACAUUUGCUGGUCAGUGUGCUCAUACAUAAAAAUAUAUUCAACUAUUGGGUCAUUAAAACAAAUAAGAAAUAAGAAAUUUGUUUAAACUUAAAAUUUCACUGCUUGAUAUCACUGGAUAUUUUCACUAAAUGCUUGUUACAAUUACAAUAUUUCAUAAUGUAGAAAUAUUUCAUAACUUAGAAAUGUCUCAUAACACAAAUAUUUCAUAACAUAUAGAAAUAUUUCUUAUCUUAGAAAAUAUAUUAAAUAAAAGUAUAAGCCCCUUUCCAUUUUUAAAAAAAAAAUUUUAUUUAAAAAAUUUUUUUUUCUAUUAAAUAUAUUAUUUGGGAGCGAAAUGUUUGUGUAUUGCAUUAAUAUAAUCUCAAUUACUUGCAUAAAUCCAACACUUAUCACAAUUAAAAUACUUCACAUUUGAAGCUUGGAUAUUGUGCCUUAAAGUUAUGUUGCCAGUAUCUCCCAAUCAUUGGGAUGACCAACUUAAAGUACACAACUAGAACUUAUAUUGGUCUUAUUCUAAAGAAUCAAAUGCAGAACCUCUUACGAAUUCACUUCAUCUUUGACCAGGGUAGGGACAAAGGUCAAGCCAAUGGCCAAAGCAAAAAUCUCGACCCACAAAGGAACAGCUGAAGAGAUUUUCUGCCCUGCCCAUGUCACAGUGUAUGCCUCGGAGCUCUCGGAUAUUGUUGAACGUAACAUUAUGGAGAAGGUUCGUAGCUAUACUUUAUAA